GAUUUUCUAUAGAAAAACAGAAGAGGUGCUUCUUGCAUCUGAAGAGUUAAAUGUUGUGUGUGUGCAGAAGAAGCGAUAGCUGAAGAAAAGCAUGUUCCCCUUUUGAAGAGUGAUCUUGGCUCCAGAGUUGAGGCUGUUGAGGUGGUAUAACUGUCUCCAGAAAGUUACAGAAGAGAUGCUAUAAAAGCACUGCAAAAUGAAUGCUGUUUGGUAAAAAUAAUGUACUGAGGGAAAAGAAACACAGAUUGACUCGGUGACAACCCUUUUCUGCUUUCUCAGAGUUGAAUUCUCUUGGCCUUGCCCUUUGUGGUAUUCCACGUCAGUGAUGAGGAAGUGUACUGCAAACCUUACAUCUAGAGCAGGUUGAGCAACUGAGGUGAAAUUAGUUUGGGGAUGUGAAUACAAUGAGUGUAAACCAGCAUACUCACGCGGGGCCUCCUUAUGGGCAACCUCAGCCUGGAUAUCAGGGCUACCAGCAGCCUGCCUACGGAGGACAGCCAUUGCCAGGGGUUCCUCACGCACAGUAUGGAGCUUAUAAUGGUCCGAUGCCAGGAUACCAACAGCCAGUCCCUCCACAAGGUUAUUUUCCUUCCUUGGGGUUCCCUUCGAAGGGCUCUCCUGUUUCUCUCAACUCUGACACUUCUCUUGCACCUAAUUUCAUAGGUUCAGUCAGAGCCCUUCCAACUUCUGGAGCUCCCCCUCCAGCCAGUGGAACAUCUCUUCCUUCUGGCCACCAGGGGUACAGUCAGUUUGGACAAGGAGAUGUGCAGAAUGGGAUCCCAACCUCAACAGCACCAAUGCAGAGGCCGCCUGCUUCUCAGCCGUUCCUGCCAGGCUCAGCACCUGCGCCUGUCAGCCAGCCAUCUACGUUCCAGCAAUAUGGUCCCCCUCCAUCCAGUGUACAGCAACUCAGCAAUCACAUGGCAGGGAUGACAAUUGGCAGUACUUCAAUCUCUGCUCCUCCCCCAGCUGGACUGGGAUAUGGUCCCCCAACAUCGGUUCCCCCGGUCUCAGGGAGCUUCAGUGCAACAGGAUCUGGUCUCUACACACCGUACACUGCGAGCCAAGGACCCCCUCCUCCCAGUGUGCCUCAGGGUCUUCCUUUGGCACAGCCUCCCUUUUCUGGUCAACCAGUUCCAACUCAGCGCUUACCUACUGAAGUCCCUGGUUUUGCUCCGCCUCCGUCUUCUACGGGGAUUGGACCUUCCUCUUACCCUCCUUCCACAGGUGCCCCAAGGCUGCCUCCCAUGCCCGGCCCACCGCUGUCUGGGCAGACAGUUGCUGGACCACCGAUGUCCCAGCCUAAUCAUGUGUCCUCACCACCACCCCCAUCAACUCUGUCAGGGCCUCAACCAGGGCUUCCCAUGAGUGGCCUUCAUGGACCACCUCCACCCACUCAUCCUCCUCAGCCAGGAUACCAAAUGCAGCAGAACGGUUCCUUUGGACAGGUGAGGGCCCCCCAGCCAAACUAUGGCGGAGCCUAUCCAGGCACACCAAAUUAUGGAAGUCAGCCUGGACCACCACCACCAAAACGCUUGGAUCCAGAUUCAAUUCCUAGCCCUCAACUUAAUGAGCUGCCACCCCAGCAGAAACCCAGACACAGAAUAGACCCAGAUGCAAUUCCUAGUCCAAUCCAAGUGAUUGAAGAUGACAGAAGUAACCGUGGAUCAGAACCAUUUGUCACUGGAGUGAGAGGGCAGGUCCCACCUCUCGUUACUACCAAUUUCCUGGUCAAGGAUCAAGGUAACGCAAGCCCCCGUUAUAUACGAUGCACGUCUUACAAUAUUCCCUGCACCUCAGAUAUGGCCAAACAGUCCCAGGUUCCUCUAGCUGCUGUCAUAAAGCCGCUUGCUACUCUACCCCCAGAGGAGACCCUUCCUUAUUUGGUGGACCAUGGAGAAUCUGGUCCUGUCCGAUGCAAUAGGUGCAAGGCCUACAUGUGCCCUUUUAUGCAGUUUAUUGAGGGCGGAAGGAGGUUCCAGUGCUGUUUCUGCAGCUGUGUCACUGAGGUGCCAGCUCACUACUUCCAGCAUUUGGAUCAUACUGGAAAGCGAGUAGAUUUCUAUGAUCGACCUGAGUUAUCACUGGGUUCAUAUGAGUUUCUGGCAACAGUUGACUACUGCAAGAAUAACAAGUUUCCUAGUCCACCUGCUUUCAUUUUCAUGAUUGAUGUGUCUUACAAUGCUGUGAAGAGUGGCUUAGUGAGACUAAUAUGUGAAGAAUUAAAGUCAAUCCUAGAUUAUCUGCCCAGGGAAGGCAACAUGGAGGAAUCGGCCAUUCGAGUAGGCUUUGUCACUUACAACAAAGUAUUACACUUCUACAACGUGAAGAGCUCGUUGGCACAGCCACAAAUGAUGGUUGUCUCAGAUGUGGCAGACAUGUUUGUGCCACUCCUCGAUGGCUUUCUGGUGAAUGUGAAUGAGUCCAGGACAGUUAUUGCCAGCUUGCUGGACCAGAUUCCAGAAAUGUUUGCAGACACAAGAGAAACAGAAACUGUUUUUGGACCUGUGAUCCAAGCAGGGCUGGAAGCACUGAAGGCAGCUGAGUGUGCUGGCAAGCUCUUCAUUUUCCACACCUCUCUGCCCAUUGCAGAGGCCCCAGGGAAGUUAAAGAACAGAGAUGAUAAGAAACUGAUCAACACAGAUAAGGAGAAGACUUUGUUUCAACCUCAGACAAGCUUCUACAACAAUUUGGCCAAGGACUGUGUAGCCCAGGGCUGUUGUGUGGAUCUGUUCCUGUUUCCAAACCAGUAUUUGGAUGUGGCAACAUUAGGUGUAGUAACUUAUCAGACAGGAGGCUCCAUUUAUAAGUAUGCAUAUUUCCAGCUUGAGACAGACCAAGAUAGGUUCCUGAAUGACUUAAGAAGAGAUGUCCAGAAAGAAGUGGGGUUUGAUGCUGUGAUGAGAGUACGUACAAGCACAGGCAUUCGAGCAACUGACUUUUUUGGAGCUUUUUAUAUGAGCAACACAACUGAUGUGGAGAUGGCAGGCUUGGACUGUGACAAAACAAUCACAGUUGAAUUCAAGCAUGAUGACAAACUGAGUGAAGACAGUGGUGCGCUCCUCCAGUGUGCUCUGCUAUAUACAAGCUGUGCAGGACAGCGGCGACUCCGGAUUCACAACCUCUCACUGAACUGUUGUACACAGCUUGCUGACCUCUAUCGAAACUGCGAGACAGACACACUUAUAAAUUACUUGGCUAAAUAUGCAUAUCGUGGAGUUCUGAAUAGCCCAGUAAAGGCUGUACGAGAUUCACUGAUAAAUCAGUGUGCCCAGAUUCUGGCUUGCUAUCGAAAAAACUGUGCUAGUCCAUCUUCUGCUGGCCAGCUGAUUCUUCCUGAAUGCAUGAAGCUGCUUCCUGUCUACUUGAAUUGUGUGUUGAAGAGUGACGUCCUUCAGCCUGGUCCAGAGGUCACAACAGAUGACCGUGCCUACAUUCGUCAGUUAGUCACAUCCAUGGACGUGGCAGAAACAAAUGUCUUCUUUUAUCCCAGGCUUUUGCCCCUGACCAAAGCAGAUGUUGACAGUGAUUCCUUACCGGCAGCAAUCCGAAACUCAGAGGAACGUCUCUCCAAGGGUGACAUCUACCUGCUGGAGAAUGGGCUGAACAUCUUUGUGUGGGUGGGAGUGAACGUGCAGCAAGGCCUGAUCCAGAACCUCUUUGGAGUGUCAUCCUUCAGUCAGAUUAGCAACACCUUGAGUACCCUGCCUGUCCUGGAAAACCCCUUUUCAAAGAAAGUACGGUCUAUUAUUGACAUGCUUCACCUGCAGAGAUCCCGAUACAUGAAGUUAAUAAUUGUGAAGCAAGAAGAUAAGCUGGAAAUGCUCUUCAAACAUUUUCUGGUGGAGGAUAAGAGCCUAACUGGGGGGGCUUCAUAUGUGGACUUCCUGUGUCACAUGCACAAGGAGAUUCGGCAGCUACUGAGCUAGAGGAGGGAGUGGUGCUGGAACUCAGCAGUGACAUUUCAGUCUUCUCUAAUGAUCUGAUCGGAAGGUCCAGCGCCCUCAAAAAGGACAACAUAGAAAUCUGUACAAUUCCAUAAUUUUUAAUACACAUGACAUAAGCAGAAAUCCUUUCAACCUCUCCUGGUCCCAUAUGAGAGAUGAAUUCUUUUUCCUGGUGAGGGCUAAAAAAAACAAAAACAACAAAAAAAAAGGGCCUUUGAUACCAGGUCUUUUACUUGUAUCUAAAUUGUUUCCUGUGCUUGGCAGGAGUUCACCCCCCGCCCCAUGCUCGCUAAUCCCGUUGUAAUGAAUGUAGUUUUUUUUUUCAGUUCACUGUACAUGAUUCAACAUUGGGUGAAAAAGCGAUAACUUCAAAAUCUCUAGUAGUUGCUGUGUGUUUGUAUGGGCGCGUGGGCACGCUCCUACUGUACAGAGGGUGUGCAGGUUGGGAGGGCAAGAGGCAGGUUGGGUGAUGGGAGCUGAAGCAGCCAAACAUUUCCUUUCUCUUUGUAGAGGAAGAAUGACAUUGCAGAGCACAAGUGUAUCGUAUUUGUCUGAACCAGAAAUCUUCCCCCCCCAAAAAAAGCAUAGAAAGCCAGUAGGCAGCAAGACAGAUUUAUUUCUGCUUUCUUCCCUGUGCUGUAAGUUGAUCUGCAGAUCUGCACUGGAGGAAGUAAUAAUUCAGUAACUAUCAACAGCUUCUGAACAGCACAGGGGUAGUUAGUGCUUCUUGUUGGUAUGAGUGGUGACUCCUUUCUUUCUCAUUUCACAGCCCUGUGAUAAUAUCCCACUCAGUCCAUGUUCUGUAGACUCUCUUCUUCUGCAGAAGAAUCUAUCCAGAUGGCAGUGAGAGCAAAAUCCUCUUAAAGUUGAGCAGAAAAUACUGUUAAAAGGUGAUUUGGGGCUGUGUGGGAGCUGGAUGAUAAGGAACUGGCCCCUUUGGGCCACACUUGUAAUUCAUAGCAGACAAGCAGGAGUAUGAUUUCUACUGACCCAAAUUUGAGACAGCUUCGUGCCCUGGAUUACAAGGAACAGGGGACAAAAACUGAGGUUUAGACUGCCCUGUAUUAGGUAUUGCAAGUACCUGAUUUCAGUUACUGGGAAGGGUUUUGGCCGUAGUGAAGUUUCAUCACUGGAUGUUUAUACCCGCUUUCCAUUCUACCUAUCAGCUUGCACAAAUCCUUUUUAUAAGCCUAUUUGUUAAACUAAAAUACCUCAGACACGAGUCCAUCCACGUUGGCCACUCUGCCACUCCAUUCUGCGGGGAUGGUUGAGAAGAAUUCUGUGAAGAAGGAGCAACUGCAAAUCAGAUUCAGAAUUUUAAGGGCUUUGAUCCUUCACUAUGGGAAGGGGGAUUGUGUAGCAGUUUGGGCACUUAACAAGUGUUCUUAAACUUCCCUGGAGUUUGAGCACUACAAGGGGGAGGAAAAACUGUGGGUGGUUAGAGGAGUUAUUGUCUGGGCUUGAUGCUUCAGAGAAAACAUUCUUAUUAGGAUCAGAAAAAUAUCUGGCUGUGGUUAUAGUUCCAUAUCCUGUAGCAUGUAUAUAAAUCCAUUUUUCUUAUGACGCUGCUGAUUUGUCUUCCCUCCCAUCACUACAUAGAAAAGGGAGUAUGGAGAAACUCUGACAAAGUAGUUGACAAAACCUUCCUUGUUUUUGUAUGAAUGUGGCUGACGUUUUAUUCCAUGCAUUGCCUCCACCCAAAAGAGCUAGAGGAUUUUUAACCACAUGGGGAAAAUCUUCCCAGGAAUAUAAGGCUCAGCAACCACAACUUUCCACAGAUACUAAUUUCUAGUGUUAAUACUGAGGGGCGUGGGGGGUGAAAAUGAGAUCGUAAAAUGAACCUUUCAUUUUCUUCACUUGUUUUUUUCCAAUGCAUCUUUUAAUUUGUAAAGAAAUAAAAAUAUAUUAAGAUGUAUUUUAUGUCAUUGUUAGUAAAUAAACACUGCUUAUUUUUCCAAA